AUGCCGAUUGAAAUCGUUUGCAAAAUUGCAUUUUCGGAGGAUGACGAGAAGCAGAAGGGAGCAGUGGAAUGUGACAAGAGGAGUUUGAUCGAAGAGGGCUGUGAGUCCUCCGCCACUGACCUCGUCACCUUUGCUGAUACCUGCUCGCUGCAUGGUCUUAACCACAUCUUUGUCCCAGGUGGCUGCGGGCUGAAGCAAAGUCUCUGGGCACUUGCCUUCCUCUCCUCGGUGAUGUUCUUUCUCUACCAGGUGGUGAACUGUACCAUGUAUUAUCUCAAACAUCACCAUGUCACCGCCCUGGAUGAGGAAUCUUAUCAUGAGAUCCCCUUUCCCGCCAUCACUAUCUGCAAUAUGAACAGAUUCCGUCACACUGCCCUGACAGACGCUGAUAUCUACCACCUGGCCAACAUGACUGGAUUGCCCCCAAAGAGCAAGGAUGCCCACAAGGCAGUUACACAGGGUUACCCUGUAGCUGACAUGAUGGAUAUCUUCAACAGGACUGGUCACCAGAUCGAAGAGAUGCUGAAAAACUGUAACUUUAGUGGCUCCUACUGCUCGGCCCACAACUUCUCAGUG